AUGAACUUCUAUCUAAUUGAUCAGUACUUAAGUACUGUUUUAGUUGACCUUCGUCAGUCGGCAACUAACAAAGCCUUUAUCGCUACUAUACCCGAUGGCGACUAUGAAGUUGUUCAUCCAUUCCAGAUUCGUGACAAAAAUGAGCGAAUGGGAAUUGAUACUCGUAAUUACUUUCUCAAAGCUGCCGAACAUUACCAACAUGUGACGAUUGUAAUUCGUAGCAAUGCUAUCGGUCGCAUUAAGUUGGUGUUAGAACGAAACAAUUUCAUAUUCCUAAACCAGACCAGCUUCCGUAAGUUGGAUUCAACUGGCGAGCGCGGCUUCUCGAAUCGUGUUGAAAAUUGCUAUUAUCAGGGCACGGUGGCAGGCGAUUCAUCAUCAUUCGUUGCUCUUUCGUCAUGCAAUGGAUUGAGAGGGAUAAUCGCAUUCUCAAAUGGAUCCACGUAUGGAGUAUGGCCCUUGGACGUUGGUGAUAGAGGACGGAGACAUCCACAUAUUCUAUACAAAACUGGCUGGUCGAAGGAUGCAAAAUGUGGCACAUCUUUAGCACCUAUUGAGCAUAUCAUACGCCGUAGGGUAAGUUGCUCAUUUGUCUAUAUGUCUUUGCACCGUCAACGACACAGGCGAGAUAUUUCAAAACAGACGAAAUAUGUUGAAUUGGCUGUCAUCGGAGACCAUGAAUAUGUUAAGCAGCAUGGGUACUCAGAGGACGACUCGUUGGCUUAUAUGCUUGAAGCAGUCAACAUUGCCGAUUUUAUGUUUUCACGUGAUUUGAAUGUACGAUUGUCGGUGGUCUAUUCUGAAGUUUGGCUGGAUGUGCAGAGGGUUGACCUCUUCGAGGACAUUGAAAGGACCUUAAGCGGUGUCGUCGAUUACUCAACUGGACAUAUUUACAAUAUCGGCAAGUUCCAUGUUGCUUAUCCAUGGUCGUUAUUAAUUACUAGGCCAUCGGUUUAG